AUGGGUAAGAUCAUCGAGUCAAUUCGCAACGCGUACGCGGCGCGUGCGGAUGAUACGUCGACGCGUCCAACAAUUUCGUUUGAAUUCUUUCCCGCCAAAACGAAUGCUGGUGUGUUUAACUUGCUAACACGCGUGGAAGAGAUGGGGUUAGCAUUGCAGCCGACAUUCGUGACGAUCACGUGGCGCUCGGCAUUUAAGGAUGAGGCGCUUUGGCUGCGUAUCGGUGCCCAUAUUCAGAACAAUUUCCAAAUUGACGUGUUGCUACAUUUGACUUGCCACCUGCCUACAGAGAAACUUAAGUGUAUCUUGAAGAAUGCACGCGCUGCCGGUAUCCGCAACAUUCUGGCAUUGCGAGGUGAUCCGCCCAUUGGAGCUGAGCGCUGGACCCCAAUAGAGGGAGGACUUAGUAAUGCAAUUGACCUUAUUAAGCUUAUUCGAAAAGAGCACGGAGACUACUUUUGCAUCGCCUGUGCGGGUUACGCGGAGGUGCAUACGGAAUCUUGGAACCAUCCAGACCUGCCACCAUCGAACGAGGCGCGCGCCCUGGAUCUUCAGCGUUUAAAAGCCAAGCAAGAAGCAGGUGCUGAAUUUAUCAUCACUCAGUUCUUUUUUGACGUUGACAACAUGAUUCAGUGGAUCGCUGACUGCAAGAACGCUGGAAUUACUAUCCCCAUUUUGCCCGGAUAUUUGCCUAUUCAAAAUUACAGUUCGUUCUGCAAGUUCACAAAGUGGUGCAAGACACAAGUACCGGACAAUGUGCUAACAGCCCUGGAUGCAAUCAAGAAUGAUGACGCGGCUGUACGUCGAUAUGGCACCCAGCUCGCGGUGGAGACCUGUCAACGUCUGCUGGUUGCUGGCGUGAAUUCGCUGCAUUUUUAUACCAUGAAUUUGGCUGCAACAGUGACGCAAGUGCUGGAAGGAUUGCAGUUGCUGCCUGCACGCAACCAGCGCGAUUUACCGUGGCAGUCAACACUGCAGCGUUCCACUGUUGAGCACGAACAAGUACGUCCCAUCUUCUGGUCAAACCGUCAAGCUAGUUACAUUGCACGGACUGCUGCAUGGGAUGAAUUUCCAAACGGACGGUGGGGAGACCGCACGAGUCCUGCUUAUGGAGAGCUAUCUGAAUAUUAUCUCGCAUUCAAACGACCAAAGGUCCAGCGUACAGAGCUAUGGGGUACCCCACAGACUGUUGAGGAUGUGUGGAACGUGUUUGUCCGCUUUAUUGAAGGCCACGUAAAGCAGCUUCCGUGGUGCGAGCAGGCCUUAUCCCUUGAAAGUACAGCAAUUCGUGAAAAUCUGCGGUGGCUCAACUCCAAGGGUUUUCUAACAAUAAAUAGCCAGCCUCGUGUGAACGGUGCGCUGUCGAGUGAUCAAUCCGUUGGAUGGGGUGGAAAUGAUGGUGUAGUGUUUCAAAAAGCGUACGUGGAGUUUUUUGUAGCCCCCGAAAAGAUGGCACACCUUGUCAAUGUCAUGCAACGCGACUACCCACAGCUAUCGUUCCACGCCCUCAAUCGUCAGGGUGAUGAGCAUCGCAACACGCCGUUGCACAGCGUCACAGCCGUUACAUGGGGUGUUUUCCCCGUAUCUCACGAUCAUGGCGGAUCGUGGACUCGUGCGCGGAAUGAUGAUCACGAACAGGCAGCUCAAGACGAGUAA